AUGUUUAAGCAAUCCAAAUCAUGCACUGAAACUCUCGUACAUUCAACGACAACAACCCCUGCGACGACAAGUGCAACAUGUGAUAAGAGUUCAUCUAAGCCUCAACAUCUUCUGAAGCCACUGCAACCACAGCUACUACAAACGCGAUCGCAACUUCAACAACCGCAACUUCAGCCACCAGGAAUACAACCAGACCCAUGGAAACGACUACAACUUCAAACGCCACAACCACCAUCACUGCAAUCGCCACAGCUACUGAAAAAAAUUAAGCAAGAAAAUGAUGAACAACAACAACAAAACAACAAAUUACAGCGACAGCAGCAACUACAACACAGAGGUUAUAAACAAGAGAUUGAUGGUGAGCAUAAGCAACAAGUGACAUAUUCUGAUGACUCUUUCGAUGACAACACUAACAACAACAACAACAAUAAUAAUAAUAGCAAUAAUAAUAAUGAUAAUGACAAAGAAGUCUAUAUGGAAAUGAAAAGAUUGCAGGAAGUUGAAGAGAUGGUUAAAAAUAUCUUAAGGCCUCACUACAUCGACAAACACAUCACUAAAGAGGAUUACAAACUCGUCAUGAAGAAGGCCGUGCCCAAGAUCAUGAACAGCAGAUGCAGGCGUCUGGAUGAAGUUAAAGUCUUUAACUUUGUCAGCGCCUACAUCGUGACCGUUUUGGGCAAGAGGCAUCUUGUCGCUUAA